AUGGGAAUUCUUCGGAAUCCCCUUGGAAUAUUCCAAGAUUUUCUAGCCAAUUGUUUUUAUCGAUACGGGCUGAUCAUAUGUCGGAGACCACGACUUUUCACCUUGGGACCUCUUAUUCUCACCAUCAUCUUCUCAUUUGGAAUCCUAAAUAUGCGGAUAGAAGAUGAUUUGCGAUUCUUGUACUCUCCCGAACAUUCACUUUCACGCGUCGAGUACCAAGUUCAUAAAGAUUUCAGUGGAGAUUCCAAGAAUAAAAAAAACAUUCAUCGGGAAUUUUUCAGCUCUUUCGUAUCCAUCACAAUUCAAACAAAAUCUGAAGACAAGAACCUUCUCAAAAAGGAUCUGGCUCAGAAGCUGAUUCAAUUGAACAAAUAUGUUCUCGAAAAAAUGGAUAUUCAAGUGGACGGCAAAGUUAUCAAUUUCGGAAAAGAAGUAUGCUCAAGGAUGAAACACUGUGAAUUGAGUAACACCAUCGCAACAAUCUUCCUGGACACAUUUUGGAGUGAAAAGCUCAGGAAAGAUCCACGAAUUCAAAUCGAGUACCCGACUAUGAAGUUUUUUGAUAACAAAUUUUUCCUACCUACUCAUUUCUACGGAGUAAAAACUGGAGGACCACUGGGCAUUCAGUAUAUCGAUAUGGUUCAUUUUGUGUAUCAAAUUCCAGCUUAUAAUGAGCAUACCUCCGAAGAAAUGUCAAAAAUCUUUGAGCAGUCGUUGACAGCUGUUCUGGAAAAUCAAGAUACAUUUGAUACAUCAAUGUUUAGUUUAUCGAUUUUGAAGGACGAAAUGCAGAAAAAUGCCACUUACACUAUGCCAUUCAUUUCGCUGACCGUACUCCUCCUCCUCUGUUUCACUGUUGCAUCUUGUAUGACUGAUAACUGGGUAACAUCAAAACCAAUCGAAGCCAUGAUCGGUAUUCUUGUAUCCUCAAUGGCGAUUGUCUCUGCUGGAGGCCUCCUUUUUGCAUUGGGUGUCCCAUUUAUCAAUCAGGUCACUGUAAUGCCAUUCAUUGCACUCGCUAUUGGAGUCGACGAUGUUUAUGUUAUGUUGGGUGCCUGGCAAGACACCAAGAAGACGUAUUCUCCUGAGAAACGCAUGGCUUUGGCUCUGGCAGAAGCUGGAAGUGCAAUCACUGUAACUUCCAUCACAUCAGUUUUGUCUUUCGGAAUCGGAACUUAUUCUACAACUCCAGCAAUUGCAAUUUUCUGUAAAUUCAUUUGUGUUGCAAUUAUGUUUGAUUGGUUCUACCAAUUAACUUUCUUUGCUGCUGUCAUGGCGAUGGGUGCCAAGCGAGAAGCAGCUGGAUACCAUUGUGUUUUUGUUUGGAAACGAUGUGACAGAGCUGAAAUUGAGAAAGGAAAGAGUGAAAAAGCGAUAUCUCCAACAAGAUACUUCUUCGAGAACAUUUUCGCUCCAUUUAUCUGCCGUCCAUCCGUUAGAAUUGUAAUGCUCAUCUCCUAUGUCGUUUACAUUGCCGUUUCGUUCUAUGGAUGUGCUCAAUUGAUUCCGAAUUUAACUCCAUCUCGUCUUGUUGUGGAUGACUCUCCUCUGAUUCCAUAUCUUCAUCUGGCCGAGAAAAAAAUCUGGGCGGAAGGACUUAUUGGUAGAAUUUAUGUGAACAAAGCGCCAGAUUUCAGUAAGAAUCCAGAACAGGUGGAGCGAAUGUUGCAAAUGGUAGGUGAGUUAGAAUCAACUCCAUACUCUAUGGGUCCCAAUUCCACGAAUUUUUGGUUAACUGAAUUCAACAAUUAUCGCCAAUUUUUCUUCCAAGAGGAUGCAAAAUUUUAUCAAACACUUCAAUCGUUCCUGAAAGUUUCUUUUAAUAAUCACUGGGAGACAGAUUUGGUUUGGGAUACUCCAGACAAAAAUUCAACGGGAGGAACAAAAGUCGAAAAGUUUGUAUUCACAACUGCAUUCAAAAUAUCAGACUGGAAUGUCAGAACUUCACUGCUGUUAACCUGGAGAAACAUUACAUCGAAAUAUCCAGAAUUUGAAGCACUUGUCUUCGAUCAAAACAAUUUUUAUAGUGACCAAAUGUUGGAGCUACAAUCCACAAUCUUAUCAUCUUUGGGGACGGCUAUUCUCACUUUGAUCACUGUUUGCAUCCUAUUCAUCGCUGAAUCUUCAAUUGUUUUCUGGGUUGUAUGCACUCUGAUUUCCAUGGAUAUCGGUACUGCAGGAUUUUUGUCUCUGUGGGGAGCAGAUUUGGAUCCAACGACUGUAGUCAAUAUUUUGAUGUCGAUUGGUCAAUGUAUCGACUUUGCCACCCACGUCGGCUAUCGAAUCUAUCGUUCCGAACAUUCUGAUCCGGAUGAAAGGAUCCGAGACGCAAUGGGAGCAAUCGGUUGGCCAGUGGUUCAAGCUGGAACUUCGACACUUUUAGCUAUUGUUGUUAUGCUGAUGGUUCCAUCUUCCGCGGUUCGAAUGUUUGCUCGUACCAGUGUUCUCGUAGUUGGCACUGGAUUCUUCCAUGGACUCAUCAUACUUCCAAUCAUCAUCAGGUCCUUCGCUACUAACGCAAAAGCCCAUGUCCCCACACAUCCUCAUUGA